CAAUUUUAUUUAUUACAUGUUUCAAUCUUCGAAGACACUCCAGAUGAGAAUUCAACUCUUUCACUAGAUCAAUAAUUAGUAAACAGGGGAAUUUUGACGAGGAAAUUUUUUCCGGGAAAUUGCUUCGGGGAAAAAAAUCCAGUCACCUUACAAACGACCUUCGCACCAAAAUGGCGUCUUAGGGUUGACCAAAAUGGCGACUUCUCAAUAUUUUUGCCGCUUUCAUCUCCUGAAGAAUUGAUGGAUUCGUUCUCUUUAUCGCCGCAGGUAUCAUUUUCCCUCUACAUGCUUGUCAGCGUAAUCGUCCUCAUCAAUCUCCUCAUCGCCAUGAUGAGCGAUACCUAUCAGAGCAUCCAAUCCCAAAGCGACAUAGAGUGGAAGUACGGCUUAAGCAAACUCAUCCGCAAAAUGCAAAAAACACGAACUGCACCAUCACCGCUGAAUUUGAUCACAACGUGGGUAACGUAUCUGGUGAAAGUCUGUCAGAAGCGAAAGGGCAGGAGGAAGCGAAUGAGUGUGAUGCACGGCUUCGCCGGGAGCACGCCCUCGAGAAAUCGUUUGUCACGUGACAAAUUACUCUCGAUAGAAGGCCACAAGUCGACCGUCGGAUUUUCCCGGCUGCAGAGUCCGGUGGGAAGUCAACUGUCCUUCAAGCACAUGCCUAGCAUCGAUUCGGUCGUAGAUUGGGACCUUGUGCGGAAGAAGUACAGAAUGCGCUUUGGCGACUUGGUGGAGAAACCCUCGGGCAUCGAUACGGGCGCGGGAGAGCUUAUGUGAAAUAGUGGAGGACUUGACGCUUUUUAUACGGACGAUGAUAUUUUUUGUUACUUUGGUCGCUGGUGAUAUUUUGUGUGAUGCUUUUGUACAAUGGUAGAUACAUUAAACUCCACUUUUCAUGCAAAUUCAUCGGCUAGUGGUGCAAUAACACUUUCUUUUAGGUUCUGCCGUUGAGGGUGCGAAUCGCGUUUGUUUGAAGAAUUGAAAACAAAUAUUUUUUCUCUCCCUUCACUGGCGGCGAAAAUGUGAUAAUCCGUCCAAAAUUUCGAACGAGCUACAGGGGCUUGAUAUAUUUCUCUUAUUCAUCCCAGUAUUCUACUGUAUUUGACCACCAUCACAAAUUAUUCCAAAUUA